UAUUUAUAGCUGGCACUCUUAUCAGCAGUCUGUGACGUCAGGCGAUUCGGACAAACAUUUCGGAAUCGCACUGAGUAAACUGUAAUGUACAUGUAAACAAAGCUCAAGAUUAAAUAUUUCUGGAGAUAAAUUAAUGGAUAAAUCAUGGUAACAACUAAACACUGUUGUUAUGGAGAUUGUAAAAGUGACUCGAGGACUUUGAAUAAUGAUGGAAUUUUUUUCAUUGGUUUUGGAAAUGGAUUUCCAAAGCCCAAAACAGAUCGUGAAAAGUGCAUGCGUUGGGUGCAAAACUGUGGACGGAAAUAUUUUACCAUCGCCAAUGUUAACAAGGAUACUUAUAUAUGUUCAUUGCAUUUCGUCGGCGAGAAAGGUCCGACGGAAGAAAAUCCAGACCCGAUCAAAUGUGGAACAGAGGUUACCAGAAAGAGAAAAAGACCUGCUGAACGCCUGCCAUACAAGACACCAAAACAGCAGCGUACAGAAAGAAAUGAAGCAGCCCAAGCAAUGAUGAUGUUACCAAUGACUGAUACUAUCAGUCCUGUCGUGAGUGAAAAUGCACAUGAGGGCUUUGAGACUGUUGCAAAUAAUGCUCCAAAAACGUUGUUCACAAGUACAGGAGUUAAUUGUAAACCAGAUGUACAGGAAAAGGAAAGUCAGACAGAAAAAACUGUGUCAUCAGAUAUUGUACGGUUAAAAAUACAGAACAGAAUUUUAGAAAACAAUCUCAAAGUCUCAUCUCAAGAUCAGUUCCAGAUUCAGAAGCCAAAGAAACAAAAUACAGUUGAAGAAAAGGCAAGAGUCACUGAGGCCUUCAGUGUGGACACCUAUAUGAACGAUGACAAAGCGUUUAAGUUUUACACUGGUUUGACAUGCAUUCAGUUUUUGUGCCUGUGGGACUUCUUGGGAGACUGUACACAGAAAAUAAAUUUUUGGAAUUCCAGUGUAAGCAAUCCAGACAAGACUCCUAGCCGUAGACCAGGGCGUAAGCGGCUUAUUUCACCACAGAAUCAGUUGUUUAUGUUUCUCAUGCGAGUUCGGCUUGGAUUGUUACACCAAGAUUUGGCGUACAGGUUCGAAACAAACACGAGACAAGUUUCCACAAUAAUAAUAACCUGGGUUCAAUUACUUUAUAAACAGUUUUCGAUGUUAAAGGAAUUUAUGUUUGCUUCCAGAAGGAAAGUCCGAAAACAUUUGCCAAGAUGUUUUAAGAAAUAUAAAAAUAUACGCUGUAUAAUAGAUUGUACUGAAGUUCAUGUGCAAUCCCCAGGAAAUUUUGAAGCCCAGGGAAAUCAGUACUCUUCUUAUAAGGGAUACACUUCAUAUAAGUUUCUUGUUGCAGUUGCACCAAAUGGCGCUAUACUUUAUGUAAGCGAUGCGUUUGAAGGCAGUAUAAGUGACAAGGAGAUUGUAAAACAAUCAGAUUUUUUAGAAUUUCUUGAACCAGGUGAUGUUAUAAUGGCAGAUCGUGGGUUUCUGAUAGACGAUAUGUGA